AUGGAGAUGAGAGGAUCUUAUCCGAAGAUUCUUCUACUGAUGGUUAUGGUGGUUGUAGCGGCGGCUCGAGAUAAAGACCCUAGUGGGUUCGUGACAUGGAACAAUAAUUACUACACAACAUGGGGACAUCAAGCGUUGGUUCUUAAUGAAACCUCUGAGCUCCACCUCACCCUCGAUCAUAACUCUGGGUCCGGGUUUGAAUCCUACUCGAUAUACGGAUCAGGAUCGUUCAACAUGAGAAUCAAAGCACCACCCCAAACCAAGUCUACGGGAGUCAUUACUUCCUUCUACUUAAGAUCCAAAUCAAGCCGCCCAGACGAGCUCUGUUUCCAGAUUUUGGGAAAUGGGCGACAAUAUAUGCUCAACACAAACAUGUUUAUGUACGGUGAAGGAGACAAAGCUCAGAGGUUCCGUCUCUGGUUUGAUCCAACCAAAGAUUACCAUUCCUAUAGGUUUCUUUGGAACCCACAUCAACUUGUGUUCUAUGUAGAUGAUACACCAAUCCGAGUGUAUAAGAAGAAUCCAAACACUUACUACCCAGCGGUACAGACGAUGUUCAUGCAUGGGAGUGUGCAAAACGGAUCCAAAAUCGACCCGAAGCAGAUGCCUUACACUGCAAAGUUCCAGGCAUCGAAGAUCGACGGGUGUGUAACUACGUUCAUGGGGAUAGACAAAUGCACUGAUCCUAAACUCUGGUGGAACCGCAAAGAGAAUUGGCAGCUAAGCUCUAAAGAGAGGGAACUGUAUACCAAUGCAAGGAAAGUAUACCUCGAUUAUGACUAUUGCUCUGACAAAAAGCGAUAUCCAAAAGUGCCUCAAGAAUGCAGAAGUUACGGUUAA